GCUAAGGUUCAGCUACAACCUCAGUUGUGGAAGGCGAAGACGGGAAUUUUUUAACAGCAGUGGACGGAGCCGAACAGCCGGGCGAAGACAUUGUGUCGCCGGUUGUUGUUAUCUCCUUUUUUACAUGCUAACAUCGUGAUGCGAUGUGAGAAACGUCGCGAGGCUCUUACGGCGCCAUUAAUCCAGUUCAACUGCCAGUGGACUUGCAAUCCGCAAAGACUUGACUGACCUCAAAUAUUUAAGAACAAAAACGACCCCGUGAUGUUUUUACAUUUCCUAGUGUCUCAGUAACUGCAGACUUCAGCCCACAGCAAUAUCAUUUUACUGAGCUGUCUUCUGGAGUGAGACAUACACAGGCUUCAAGCUCCAGGUCACCAAACAGACAUCAUGUCUUCCCGUGAGCGUCGGUCAGAUGUCUACAUAAAGGCAGAACCAAGUAGUCCAGAGGGAGGCGGGGGAGGUCGGACCAGCCCCGGCGGGGCCUCCUCAGAUUCUUCUCAUAGCGGAGGCGGAGUGACCCGAGGAGACAAUGUUAAACGUUACUCCCCGCCACUGUACACACCAGCUCUGCGCUGCCAUUUCAAGGACGAGGGUGGCGAUGGGGCAGAGGAGGGCUCCGCUGGAAAUGGGGCAGGUCGAUGCAAGUACGCCCUGAGCACGCUUCCCAAGAGGCUGUGUCUAGUUUGCGGGGAUGUGGCUUCAGGUUACCAUUAUGGUGUUGCAUCGUGUGAGGCCUGCAAAGCAUUCUUCAAGAGAACCAUUCAAGGUAACAUUGAAUACAGCUGUCCAGCAUCAAAUGAGUGUGAAAUCACUAAAAGGCGCAGAAAGGCUUGCCAGGCAUGCCGCUUCACCAAGUGCCUGAAAGUAGGCAUGCUUAAAGAGGGAGUUCGUCUGGACAGGGUCAGGGGUGGAAGGCAGAAGUACAAAAGACGUCCAGAAGUGGAAAACGCAACAUACCAGAGUGCUCCUCUACCGCUGACAAAGGAGAGCGAAAAAAAUUCCUCCAACAUCAUCGUGUCCCACCUUCUAGUAGCAGAGCCAGAAAAGUUAUUUGCCAUGCCCGACCCUCUGCAGCCGGACACGGCCCAGCGUACGCUCACCACCCUUUGUGACCUGGCUGACCGUGAGCUGGUUGUGAUCAUCGGCUGGGCCAAACACAUUCCUGGCUUCUUGUCUCUGUCUCUGGCAGACCAGAUGUCAGUGCUGCAGUCAGUGUGGCUGGAGGUGCUCGUGCUGGGCGUAGCGUACCGCUCGCUCGGCUGUGAGGACGAGGUGGUGUUCGCAGAGGACUUUGUCCUUGACGAGGAGAUGUCACGUGCGGCCGGACUGACAGAGCUUAAUGCAGCUAUUAGUCAGCUCGCUCGCCGAUUCCGUGCGCUGAACGUGGACCGGGAGGAAUUUGUCAUGCUAAAAGCCAUCGCACUCACCAACUCAGACUCUGUUUACAUCGAGGACAUGGAGGCCGUGCAGAAGCUGCGGGACCUCCUCCACCAGGCCCUGCUGGAGAUGGAAUGUCAGCGGCGCCCAGACGACCCCCAGCGGGCAGGACGUCUUCUUUUAACGUUGCCUCUCCUCCGACAGACUGCUGGCCGUGCUCUGACCACUUUCUACAGCAUCAAGACCCGGGGUGGGGUGCCCAUGCACAAACUAUUCCUGGAGAUGCUGGAAGCCAUGAUGGACUCCCCCUAGAGAGAAACGCAGGAGCAGGAGUAGAGCGGAUUCAGAGAAAGCCCCAAACAGAGAGCUACUCUUCAAGAGUGGAUGUGUGUUUUAUGGAAAAGGACUGCUUUCAUUUCAGAAUUAAUAAUGAGGAAAGGAUCAUUAUCUCCUUUAGGCCACAGGAAGAAAGGAAAAUAAUGUGAAGUGGAAAUUGGCCAUUUACAGAAUGAUGUAACUGCCAGAGUUCAGUAAAAGCUCUUCACGUGAGAACAUUUAACACAAAUGCCAGAAUAUUUCUUAGUUCUAACCGUUUCACGGCAUGUUUCUUCACAGCAUCGACCUGCAGUUACUUAACCACUGAAGAACAACAUGUAGGUACCGAAUAACAGACUGCAACCAUGUGGCUUUUGAACUUAAAAAUAGUACUACAUCUGCUCAUGAAAAGCCAUAAUAACAUACCCGGCAAAAUGCUUGAGAGUCCAACAAGGGGUCAGAAUAAAGUGCACACUAAGUGCUUGUAUUUACUAUAGUUUAGUGUGCCGUUGUAGGCAAGUCAUAGGAAUUUCUUGCAAUAUGUUAAAAGCAAUAUAACGACUCGAAUAUUGUCUGUCACAUUCAAAAUGUGGAUCAAAUGGUGAGACAUCUAUUUGUAUGCCUCGAUUAGUAGUACUUCACUCUUGGGACCCCAAGCGCUGCUUUUUAGAAAAAAACAACAAAAAAAUCGAGCUUCUAGUAGAAACCGGUUUGGUCAAGGAAGAAAAAAAAAACAACAUUUGAGAAAAAACUGCAGCACUUUGGGGAUUAAAUUGUGAAGUGGAAGCCGCUGGUGUGAGUGCAGCUGUCUUUUUACAAGUUUGUGCAAUGGAUUCACAGUCCAGGAGAAGUGUAUAUGAAGACUGUAUGCACAUAAAAUGCUCAGCUUGGAAGUUAAUUUAUAUGUAAAGUGUUGUAUGUAAAUCCUAUUGGCACACAAAAAAAAUGGCUUCCAUCCAAGCAAGCAUGUGUGUUUGUUCGUAUGCAGUCGAAACCAAUGAGCUACACUGAGAUCAGGGACGAACACGGCUCUUGGACAUUAAAGCUAGUGUGGCAACGAGCGAUUAGAAAAGAAAUGCCUCAUCUGCUUUUUUUAAAAAAUAUAUAUAUAUACUGCCCUCUCUACUCCACUAGAAUCACAGUUUUUGACUUCAGCAGGUGUGUUUUUUGAAGAAAAAAAAGAAAAAAGGUCUGUCCUGUUUGAUUUGUGGGCUGUGAUGUGUAACACUAAUUUGUAUGAUUGAUACGUGUACGUUGAGACAUUGCUGUAUUUUUCUGCAGUGGUGAAGAAUGUUGCAAAGAUCUCAGAUGCUUUUAUAUGAGAUCAGCUGAUCUGUUGAACUUUUGCAAGUGCCCGAUUAUGGGCUUAGGGCAACAAGAAAUGCAACAUCUUCCCUUUUGGAUGUGUGGAAGUCCUGCUUACUGUUCAGCAGGUUUGUAUAUUUACAGCAUAAAUGAUCACUGUAGUAAGCUUUCCAUGCGAUGCAAAGCUACAGUAUCUGAUAAUAAAAUCAGAUCCCUAAAAAUAAUAUUUAGUGGCCAAAAGGGCCAUUAAUCUUUUAGCCAUGUACAAUUCCAUUGAAAUAAACAGAAACAUGCAAUUUAUAGUGGACAAUUUAACAAAAAACUAUCAAAAAAACAAAAAAAAAGCCAGCAAAUGUGAGAAAACCACCCACCCCCAAUUAUAAUUUUAUUUGUGCAGCUCACAGUGUACUGAAAUUUGUAAAGACUUGAAACUUGCUUCUUCUUUUUUCAUACAAUUUCCUUUUUAGGAUUUAAGGGUAUUUUAUUUACAUUGUAAACACUGUUGUGGGGUUGGAUAAAGUGAAUGCUGAUUGUGUUUUUAAUGUAUACAGGUGUGUAAACAGGUGUGAUUGUGAUUUUAGGGAUCAAUUUACUUGGCUCUAUAGGUCCGGUGGCAUGGUGAGGCUACAGAAGGCUACCUCAGGAGGCAGAGUAAGCCAGAUGGCCAAAAAAAAACAAACUGUGGAGACAAAUGUAACUCGUGAUCUGUUGUCAGUUUUAAGAAGUGGGUAGUGGGCAUACCGAAUGUCCCGCAGUUCAUUUGUUUCUGUUUUCUUUACGGAGUGUAUGGCUCAUAAAUGCCUCGUGAGAGAAAGUGUGUGUGUGUGGCACAGUUGAUGUGGUGGUAAAGCUAAAACAGUGCAACUGCUAAUCCAUGGGUGCUACAUAAGCAACAGCUGGCACUGUGGAAUGGGAAAUCUGGCAAAAUGUGACACUGAUGGAUCUGUUUGGUCUUGUUUUCAUAAGUUUGAGCUUAUAUAUGUCUGUCUUUUUAAAAAGAAAAACUUGUGUUCUAGCCAUGUUUCUCAAACCUUUUUAAAGAUAGCAAAAACAUAGAUGCCGCUAAGUUUCUCCAUAUUAACGGGUCAUAUAUGCAAAGGUAGAUUUUUUUUUUUCUUUUUUUACACUAGCAUUUUAGGUACGGCGGGGGUUAGGGUGGAGGGCCAUUUGCAGUGUCACUGUUGACGUCAUACAGUCAUUUGUGGGUCUACUUGCAUACGUGCGCAUUAAUAUAAAUAAGCAAUACAAUAAAUUUACCAAACCUCACACCUUUCCCUGUAUAGCCACGGUGUACAUAUAAGCAUUGCCAGUUAUAAUUAAGAAUAGCUACUAAACGGUAUAUUAUUUAGAAAUUCAAAUCAAUGUUUGUAUUUUGAAAGACUAUUUAAAUGAUUAAAUUCUAUUUUUUACUCAAUUUACUGUUGUUUGUUGACACUGCUUUCUUUUUUUUUUGUGUGAUACUGGCUGUGAAUUUCUGUGUGUAGGCUAUUUUUUUUCCCCCCCCCAUUUAGAUCAAAGUGUGAUGUCCGUGUCUAAACAUGUCCACAUAAAAAUCACUGUGAAAAAAAAGUGAGAUCUUCCACUGUCUGACACAAAAAGGGAGUGGAUUAUUGUAGGUGCUUUGUGUUGUGUAAUAAAUGGACACACCACCACCGCA